AUGGUGGAAGCCGAGCGCCGCCUUUUGGCAAACGCUCUCCUCGACUCUUCCAAUCAGAGGUUCGUCCUGCUGUCCGAGGCCUGCAUCCCUCUCUUCAACUUCACCACUGUGUACGAUUAUCUCAUCCGCUCCACGACCUCUUUUGUCGAGUCGUACGAUCUCGAAGGCCCCGUGGGCCGUGGCCGAUACGACCGCCACAUGGAGCCGCACGUCACUCUCAGCGAGUGGCGCAAGGGCUCACAAUGGUUCGAGAUGAACCGAGAGCUGGCUCUUGAGGUCAUAUCCGAUACUCUCUACUUCUCCCUUUUCCGCGAUUGGUGCAAGCCCGCGUGCUACUCGGACGAGCACUACCUCCCCACCUUCAUCACAAAGGAAUUCCCAGGCAUGAACGCCAACCGGACACUAACCUGGGUCGACUGGUCCCACGGUGGGCCCCACCCGACCAAGUUCAUCCGAACCGACAUCUCCCCCGAGAUGCUCAACCGACUCAGGACAGGAACCGAGUGCAUGUACAAUGGGAAGCCCACCAAAGUUUGCUACUUGUUCGCCAGGAAGUUCACCGUCAACGCAUUGGAUCGCCUGCUGAGGUUUGCGCCCAGGAUCAUGCACUUGUAG